AUGGAAAGUACUAGUGAUGACUUCUUACUUCUCCUCCUGAUCAUUCUCUGUGGAAGUUCUGCUCAGGAGCUGGAGCAGUCCGAAGAGAAGGUGAUUGAUUUGUCACACUAUGGUGCAAUGUUAUAUGGAAAUCCCAGUACGGUCAAUGGACGACGAUUGGACAGAUGGAGAAAGGCUAGUGAAAAAGGAAAUCCGGAGGAGCAAGGAGCCUAUGUUGAAGGAGACAUCCUAAUACCCAGUACACAUGUCCGGAAUGGACUAAGGAGUCAAUCAAGCUACUGGCCAAGUGGAAUUGUUCCUCUUGAAGUGAUUGGACCAUUUAGUAACAGUGACAUUCAGGUUAUUCAAGCAGCUAUCAAUUCUUAUCAUUCGUACACAUGCAUUAGCUUUGUGGAGCGUCAAGCGAGUCAUCGGGAUUAUGUGAGUAUCCAGAACACGGGAACUGGAUGCUGGUCAAGUGUAGGACGCAUCGGAGGUGGUCAGAUCGUGAACCUACAAUCUCCCGGAUGCACAGUUAAAGUGGGCACAGUAAUUCACGAAUUGAUGCAUGCCAUCGGCUUCCUGCAUGAGCAAAACCGCGAAGAUAGGAACAACUAUGUGCAGAUUCUGACAGAUAACAUCCAGUUUGGCUUCGAAGCGGAUUUCCAGCCAGCCGCUUCUGGAAGCACCAAUGACUUUGGGGUAGCCUAUGAUUACUCCAGUGUUAUGCACUACUCAAGUACAGCAUUCUCUAAGAAUGGACUGCCAACAAUUGUACCUGUGUUGCCAUUCACGGGCGAAAUGGGUCAGAGGGAGGGAUUUGCAGAGAGUGAUGUGGCUAAAAUUAGACGAAUGUACAGCUGUCCUGGUCAAGAUACUCAGCAAGGUACUGAGGAAGUGCUUGGGGAUGUGUGGGCGAUGAUAUUCAGUCCGCCUCGUGGCAAACGCCAAAUUAGAAGAAGAAUUCAUUUGAAGAAAUCACUGAAGAAGAAACAAUCAAUUGCAAUAUCUCUGUCCUCACCUACGACAAUCUCCCGUGUGAAGAGUCUUAAAAUAAAGUUGCCGUGA